GUGAGAAAGAUACGAAGGAGAAAGUCGAUCUGCUUGGCGCGUGUUUCCGUGUUUCGCGUGGAAAGGCCACCUCGAGGAGAUCGAGGCACCGUACGGGUGCCGUGACGCCACGUGUCAUUAUAAAAAGGUGCGGGCCGGAGAGUCCGCGCGUUUUUUUGCCACACGCGAACUACUCCUAUUCGUGCCACCAGCUACGGAGAGACUUGGCGAUGCGGCCGGCAGUCAUUUCUUACACGAGCCCGUAACUGACGUUAUACGUAUCAUAAGUGCAUUUUUGGAGCGCAGAGACUUCCAUUACUGAGCAUCCAUGAACGAGCAGCGUAACCUUUGGACACCGUGAUCUGGUCUUGACGUGUCUUUCAGUCAAUCUUUCGCCAUCCGCCAUCAUGACAUCUAGAAGAAGCGCGAAGUGCUCGCCACCGACGUCGCACGUCUUCGCGCGAACUGUCUUUCUGUGCGCUUUGGCGACGUCCUGCCUCUGUGACGGCGAGACGGACUUUGAUUUCGAAGCUGGCCUUCAACCAAACGUCAGCUACGUGGCCAAGCUUAGGGAGUUCGUCGGCAAUGCUAUGGACAAUGCGUCUCCUCGACUCGCGCAGAAGGUCCUACAAGCGGAUUUAUCGGUUGACUGCAGCAUCGGUCUUUUCAAGAUGGUGCGUGGUAUCCGCAACAUUGACCCAUGGGCAUUGCGAUUGCUCGACGCCUCCGGCAAGUACCCGACCGGGGCCCUGUCGACGACGCGGGUCGACCUGGGCUCCUUCGACGAGUGCGUCGAGACCGUGGUGCACGACGAGUUCGGCCACGAGGCACUACGCGCGCAGUACUGUAACUUGCUGAUCUACGCCGGAAACAAGACAGACCUCGAUGACCACAUCACCAAAGCCGUGAUGUUCGCACACCCACGGACUCAGGAGCCCCGCAUCUGCAACAGGGACCCUGGUGGCGAAGAUAUUCAAGAGAUCGUUUUCCCUGCCUCUUUCGACGACCAAGACGGCCGCAGGCACCCUCCAGCCGGCCACGGUGAUGACGACGAAGCGGUCUCUCUUAUCUCAGCCAUGCUGUUCCGUUUGUACCAAGCCAAUGCAUGGGACUACCGACGAGCUGACCUCGACGACUUCUCUGUCGGUUGCGAUGGCGAGGAACCACUUCGAUCCGACCCCGCCCCAGUGUAG